AUGAAUGAAGCUGUACGACUGGAUCAGGGACCAGGCGCUGCACCUCACUUGCAAUUGGAGGAGCCAGCUGCUGUUCGUUUAGAACCAAGAAUUGCCGAACGAAGGCCUCGGCCCCGGAUCCGUGAGGAGCUUGAAUUCAAUGGGCGAUCCGAGGAUAGAAACGUACACAGAUACAGAUCAGUUUUCCCAGAUUUCGAGCAUGUAAAUCAAAGAUAUCUGAAGAGAAUGAGAGCUCAAGAGAAAAGACUGAGGUGGCAUCUGCGACGAAGAAAUGGCGACUUUCACCACAGGCAUAGGAGACAAAAUUGGGAGAGACAACAAGGAAACGAAGAACUGUUUUAA